AUGUUCGCAUUGAUCAAGCUUUUGUGGAACUCGAGUUAUCGGAGUCAAUUAAAAAUGUGUCCGACUGUGACACCCGGUGAUGCUCAUACUCAUCCGUUCACUUACUGUUUUCAACCUAUACCACAAUACAGAGCUGGUGGUAAAAUUUCAACCGCUUUUAUAUCUUUGUUCACUUUGGUAAUUGUAAAAUCUAGGGUACCUCCCGGAGCGUGUGUUGAAGCUAGCACCUGUUGCUUGUACCAAAAGACGUUCAUCAACGUUUUGAAUGAGAAUCUGUAUUCAUCUUUACCAGAAAAUCAGAAUAAGGCUAUCAUACUGCCAAAACUCAAAAAUGUUGGUUCAAGAGCUUUCAAGACUAUAGAUUUUGUUAGUGUUUCUUUGCUAGCUCUACUUGACUUCGAAGCUACCUUUAAUACGGUCAGUUGUAAACUUGUUCUUGUUCGGCUUGCUGCGUCAUAUGGUGUUGGUGGAAAGUCGAAGAAAUUUGGUUGCUAUGCUGAUGCUAAUUAUGGGGAUCAUUCAUGCAUUGGAAAGCAAACACCAGCUUCACAGACUUCAGAUGACCUGCUUUUAAGUUUGGCAGGCAAGUUGAGUGGCUUAUUGGAGGUUUGA